AUGCUUUCCAAGUCUUUCUCCCUUCUCGCCUUUGGCGCGUUGGCCUAUGGCCAGGAGCUGGUCCAAGAGGGCGCUCCAGCACCUGUCGUCCUCGCAACCGCAAAGUCUGCUGUCAUCCCCGCGACUCCAACAGCUACACCUUUCACGGGCGUCGAUACCAUCCAGGGCGCGAUUGUCUCUCCUCUCCCUCCUGCGCCAGGCUACCUUCCAGGUGAGACGGGAGGGCUCAAGGGUACCGCAACAGCCUCUUCCAACCAGCCUUCAGCUACGUACCGUGCAACCAUGCCUGAGGAGCAAUACAACCCCUUCGUUGGCAGCACGGUUUCCGGAUCCAUCGAGGCUGUUGGUGGUGCUAGCGGUGUCAACUUCACCGUUAACCUAUCCGAUCUGCCCGAUCAAGCCCAGUUCGGUCCCUUCGCCUGGCACAUCCACGCUCUCGCCGUCCCUGCUGACGGAAAUUGCACCGCAACCAUGGGCCACCUGGAUCCCACCAACCGCGGCGAGCUCGUCAUGUGCGAUUCCGCACUGCCAGAGACUUGUCAGGUCGGUGAUUUGGCCGGAAAGCACGGCGGCAAGAUCAUGACGGAGGGAAGCUUCUCAACCAGCUUUGUGGACCCGUACCUCAGUGUUGUAGAGGGUAGUUCAGGAUUCUUCGGUGGAUUGGCGUUUGUCCUUCACACUGGUAACACCACGAGGAUCACUUGUGCGAACUUUGAGCUUGUGUCAGGUGGCAACGGUACUUCUGCUCCUAACGGCACCAUGGGUAUGCCUAGCCCGACUAGCAGUAUGCCAGCCGAGUACACUGGCGCGGCGAGCAAACUCGGUGGAGGUGUUGUUGCGCUCGCGGCCGGUGUCUUUGCUGCGAUGAUGAUGUAA